AUGGUUCGAAUUGCUGUAUUGGGUUGUGGGACUAUGGGUCUAAAAAUUGCAGGCAAUUUUGCCUAUUUUAGUCAUAUUGUAAAGAUUUUCGAUAGUGAUCUGAAACAACUGGAUACAGCAUGUGAGCGUAUUCAUUACGAUGAAGAUCAAUUAUAUCGUGAUGGUUUGAUUGAAGUACCAAAAUUUUUAGGUCAAAUAUUAUGUUUAAAUCGACUUGAAGAUGCUGUUAAAGAUGUUGAAUUUAUUUUCGAAUGUAUUAUCGAAAAUUUAGAACUUAAACAAGCAUUACUUGAAAAAGCUGCUCAAUUUGCUUCGCCUAAUGUAAUCAUAUGCUCAAAUACAAUGCGUUUAGAUUUAGACAAAAUGUCAGAAAAUUUACCUCAUAAAGAAAACUUUCUCGGUGCACGUUUUCUUUUUCCAGUUUAUUAUGUGCCUGAAGUGGAGCUUAAUCCAACGAAAUCAACAAGUACACAAACCAUAGCUGCCUUACGAAAAUUACUCGAACGCAUGGACAAGGUUCUUUAUUUUCGUUCAUCACCAGAUCCAUUAAUACUCGACGAAGAACAACGAGAAAUUAGACGAAAAGCUCGUAUUGAAUCAUUAAAAAAGAGUAGUGGAAUAAUGGUAGUGCGUGGUCGAACAUUACCAGGUUUGACAUCAUCAAAUCGAUUUGAUCAUGGUAGUAAUCGUAAUGAUUUGCUAGAAAGUGGAAAUAAUAGUGGUAAUAAUUCAGUAGCAAACGAAAAUGUUGAUUGUUCAAUUUGUAUGGAUCGACCACGGAAUUCUGUUAUACGUUCAUGUAAUCAUUUUGUAACUUGUUAUGAAUGUGCACGUUUAUUAUAUAAUCGAAAAGAUCCAUGUCCAGUUUGUCGAAAACGUAUUGAUGAUGUUAUUCGUGUUUAUACGUGA